UAACUACUGUAACUACUGUACAUAGUUUGAGCUGAUAUCUAACUUGCCAUCUUCAUUAUUCUCGCCGAUAGAGCUUGUGUCUACUAUAUUUUAGUGCUCCCUAAAGCAAUUCUUUAUAUAAUUGACACCUCUCAUAUGGGUACCAUAAUACAGCAUUUAUUCUCCCAGAUAACGCGACAUCUAGGCCAAAACCCUGGUGAAUUCCAAUUUUACUCGUGACUCGAUAUGUUGUGAAGCUUCCCCUCCCUCAAAAGUCACCAAAAGCUCUCAUGUGUAUUUAUUUCUAGUGUCAUACCGGAGGGAAAUGCCAAAUAAAGGAGAAUAAUUGCUAUACCAGAGCAUAUUUAAACAAUACAAUAAAAAAGAAGAUAUGCCCGUCUGCGUCUUCUACCAGCAGGGCCGCUGCAAGUUCGGCGAUCGAUGCAAAAAUGAGCAUCCAGGCUCUCAGUCCGCAUCCCCAUUUGGAGGCGGGGGGAAUCGGUUUGGCGCGCUGGCUGGGGGAGGCUUUGCUAGUGCUGCUGGUGGCAGCGGCGCGUUUGGAGGUGGACCCAAAGACAGCAUCGAGCACAACAAAUAUGGCCUGAAUCCGGAUGACAUCAAAGCUGAUCUGACCCCCGGAAAGGGUAGACCGCAAUGGAUCUUUACAUGCUACGGUCCAGGCAAAAAUGCCCCCAGACAACUCUUCGGAGGUCCGCAGCGGGAACAGAGCUUCGAAGAGAUGCGCGCGGUCCAUUAUGCCGCCGCAGCAGCUGGAAAUGCCCAGCAGGCAGUCCAAGAUGCAAUGAAGCUCUACGCCGAAACAGAAGCCCAGAUACAAACCAUCCUCAACGAUACAGAGGGAGCCGUCAGAUAUAUCAUAGAGGGCGAGAACACGCAUCCAAACCGUAUUGAUAUUAUUGAAGGGAGAAUAGGUCCCACCCCAACUCCUUUCAGCCAGCCUUCUGCCUUCGCACAACCAGAAGCAGCACCAUCGACAGCGACCCCUUCACCAUUCGGCCAGCAAUCAGCAUUCGGGAAGCCAUCGUUCGGCCAACCUACUCCAUUCGGUCAGCCAUCAACGUUGGGGGCGGCUGCUCAACCCGCCGCUCCCUUUGGCCAGUCGCCGUUUGCCCAGGCUGCACAAACGCCAGUCAAUCCUUUCGGCAAGCCAAGUGCAACCUCCUCUCCCUUUGUUCAGAUCCAGCCGCAGAACCAACAACAACAGAACCCUUUCGGCCAGCAAGCAGCUCAGCAGCCAUUCGGACAGCCGCAGCCACCGCAGCAAAAUCCGUUCGGCCAGCCGCAACAGGAGCAGCAGCAGCAAACACCCAACCCCUUCGGCCAACCCCAGCCUCAAAAUCCACCAGCACUCGGCCAACAUUCUCUCUCCCCCUUCGCCUCCAAAACCCCCGCCCAACCCACAACCCAGCAAAGCCCCUUCUCUGCCGCACCACAAUCCCCUACCAAAACCACCUCCAUCCCCUCUACCGUCCUUUCCCAAAAAGCCAAACCACACCUUAACCCCCGACCCACCUUGCACGGCGAAACCCGCCGCGACCCAGUAACCAACCACUUACUCUCCUGGAAAGGUCAGGUGGUAAAAUAUGUCGACAACGAACCCUGCUACCAGCACCCGGACGACGCAGGGACGUUUGUGCGUAUAUUCUUCCCCGAUGGCCCGCCGAGACCGGAGGCGUUGAGGGAUACGCAGGCCAAGGCGGAGGAGUAUACGCCCGAGAUCGAGGCGGUUUAUAGGGCAGUGAGGGAGCGUGGGGGAUUUGGGGAAGCGGGAAACGGGAUGGUGAAGGUGCCGGAAGUGCCUCCUAAGGGGGAGUGGUGUGGGUUUGACUUGUAAAGGGCGCCGAUUGGAGGGAGGGGAGUUGGGGCUUUAUAGAUUUAAUUUUAAUUUUUCAGGGGACCAUCCGCUAUUUUCUCCUUUGAUAUGAAUGUGCGUUAUGGGGACAGGCCUGUUAUUUUAUUAUUGUACUUUUUCUCGUCCUGUAUUUGUAUUGGUAGUUUUUCCCCGGGCAUGUUGGAUACCUUUACUUCGUCGUCCUCGCUGGCGCGACUAUGAUCUACACCUAUACAUGGAUGUAUGGACCCUGUAGAGUUAUGAUGCCAGUGCAUACUUACUGCGGGCAAUCGGUGUGGGUGGAAGAACUUAUUUACCUCCCUCUCUUUUCAAGAAAAUUGAUAUAGGACGCGUCAAGUUGCCUCUACAAGUUAUGCAACUUUUAAUUGCUGUUAUGUGUAGAUGCGCAAUGUACUAAGUCAUCCCAUACAUAUCGCCGAAAUAGCUAAAAUUCGAUGCAAGAAGUAUGCAGCUUUUGAAUUUAAAAUUGAACAUUUGUUCACUUCUCAUUCCGGA